AUGUCGGCAUCAUCAGAUUGGCAUACAAUUACGAUGCGAAUACCGUUCGCGUCUGAGAAACAUGCGUCAAUCGCAAAGCAAGUUAUCGAGGUCGACAAGGAACUGCAGCCACAAGCGGUGAAGCGCGUGUUGACAGUCGAAAACAAUAUCUUGAUCGUCGAAUUUGUGACUCUGACGGUGCGCCUGUCGCGGCUCGUCGUGAACGCCUUUCUGGAGAACGUCGAUCUGGUCAUACACACGAUAGGGGAGUUUGGAGAGGAUGCAGAACGCGGGUCCUCGAAGUAG